GGACCGGAGCCACGACCACCGAUAUGGAUUUUCUGGCUCAACUCGACGAGCGGCUCCUUGAGACACCGAAGUUGAGAAGCCGACUUGCUCCGUAUAUCGAGGCUCACUUGCUGUUCCAGCGUGAUUACCAUACUCCCUCACCCACGCCCACGCCUCCGUCCUCGCCUGGACUCGAAACCUCGAUCAUCGCCGCCUCAAAACAGGCGCUAUCACCAACAUUUUCGCCUUAUUCGCGCCCACUGAAACGUAAGCGCGUAAGCGUUGAUAAAGGCGAUAGGACGGUUGCGUUGCCGAAGCAGGCGCGGAUGUCAAACGCGCACAAAUGCUCAAUCCAGCCUUGCACGCCCACAGCCAUCGCAAUGCCCUCGCCGUCGACAUGUCCAGCGUCGCCGCACCCAUCCCAGCGAGGAGCUUUGAUUGAGGAAUACAACACAGAUGCUUGUAGUACUAGCAUAGCAUCUGCAGCAAAAAAGCACGCGUUGGAACAAUGGCCAAUAGUUAUAGUUGGAAAAUAUACUUUGAGGAGAACUGCUGCACGGGCACAGCGAGAAGGACUGCUGCACGGGCACAGCGAGAAGGACUGCUGCACGGGCACAGCAAGAAGGACUACUGCACGGGCACAGCGAGAAGGACUGCUGCACGGGUACAGCGAAAAGAACUACUGCACAGGCACAGCAAGAAGGACUGCUGCACAGGCACAGCGAAAAGAACUACUGUACAGGCACAGCGAAAAGAACUACUACACAGGCACAGCGAGAAGGACUACUGCACGGGCACAGCAAGAAGGACUGCUAUACAGGCAUAGCGAGAAGGACUACUGCACGGGCACAGCAAGAAGGACUGCUAUACAGGCAUAGCGAGAAGGACUACUGCACAGGCAUAGCAAAAAGGAUUACUAUACAGGUAUAGUAAGAAGAACUACUACACAGGUAUAGUAAAAAGGUAUAAAAUAGUUAAUAACUUAAUAGAGAACCUCUUAAAUAUAUAAUAGAUAAUAGAUAAAAUAAAUAUUACUUAUAAAUAACUAAGUAUAUUAAAGUUAAAAAUAUAAUAGUUAUAUUAUUU